GUGCCGAUAGCCACUACCGUCAUGGCGUCGGAUAGUCAAGGGCAUAGCAACAAGUCCCUAUCUAAAAAGUCAUUUGAAAUAAAAAUGUGUAAGAAAGUGGCAGAACUCACACAAGUGGUACACAUGUUGUUUACUAAAAAUCACGAAAGAGAAAUUGAAAUCGCUACUAUGACCAAGGAGUACGAGAGUGAAAUAAGCCGACUUGUGCACACGCAUUCGGAGAAGAUACGAGCCCUCUCAAACGAUGUUAAAGAGAUUAAAGUUGCUGAAGAACGGGCUAGCCAAAAACUGAUUCAAAAUGAAAAAGAGUGCAAGUUCAAACUCGAGCAACAAAAGGAGGCUCACAUUAAAGAACUAAAAUCAGCUGAGAAUGUAAGAGAUGAUCUUCAAUUGAAGAUUGAUGAGUUGUUACGGCAAAUAGAUGAUUUGGAAGAAGAACUAGAAAAAAUCGGAAAGAGGAAUGACCAUUUAGAAGCUGUUUUACAAGAGACUAAAGCUAACCAAGUUAGCCAAACACCCAUAACAGAUGCUUUCAAGCAAAAAAGUGAAAAGCAUAAUGAUAAAACAGUACUACCAGAAGAAUCAGACCAACUGUUAAAGUUAAAAGAACGGUUAGAAGAUGAAAAACAAAAACAUGCACAAGAAAAAUUAGAUUUAGAGAGUCGUCGAGUGAAACUACAAUGCGAUUUGGAAGAGAUGGAAAUACAGAUGCAGAAACAAAUUGAGGAUGCUCUCCGAGAGUUAACAGCUGCGGUGGAAAGUAGGGAGAGGAUUUUGGAAAGAAAUGAGAAAUUAGAAAAUGAGCUAAAAGCCCUGAAUGAAAAAUUAAAACUCUCGCAGGAAAUUAGUGUCCAAAAGAAAAAUAAGAACUUGCCAAUUAAAAGUACUGCUACUUCUCCUCUUCCACCAAUUGAGGUGAAUGAAGAGAUGGAACGGUUAAAGCGUGAGAUUAAGCAUUACAGAUUGGAGCUGUCAAAUCGAGAGGGCAAUUUCAAUCGUAUGUUUACCAACACUUUACCUGUUAGGCUCAACUUCAAGCCGUCCUCUACAAAUUUAUCAAGGGGGAGAACAGAAGUUUAUAUGGCCAGAUCUGGGAAGCCACGUCUACAUCAGUCUUCAUCGUCAUCCGCUGAUAAAUCCAGAAUCUUCUAUGAACGUCUUCCAACACUGACAACUGAGCACAUUCGUCAAAAAACAGCACGAUAUCCCCGACCAGAAAGUAGCCUAAAAAGCCAAAGGGAUGCACUGAAUAGCUGAUCAAAAACAACCUGAUGACCACGACCAGCAAGUAGUGUGAAGUGCCAAUGAGAAGCAUUGAAACUGAUUCCAAAACCGCAUGAUACGCACAUCCAGCAAGCAGCAUGAAGAGCCAACGGGACACAUUGAACUUUAGCUGAUUAAAAAAAAAACAUGAUAUCCAAAAUAUCACCUUUUCUUUAUCGCAACCUUUGUAUGUGUAACUGUAUUGUCAACACAAGAAUGUUUCCGUUGACAUCACACGUUCGUGUGUAAAGCCAUGCACUCACUGUGCCCAACGGUUUUCAGCCGACGCAAUUCUAUAGAGGACACGACGCCUGUGCAACGGAUUGGUUUUAAUGACGAUCAGCUCUGACUGGCGUCGACAAACAAGCAAUAGACAGCAUUGCACCGUCUAUCGCUCACAGGGAGCAGAAUUGGAUUUGUCGUUUGACGCAGUGAGUGCCCAGCUUAAGUAUGUGAUUAACGAACUGACAUAUUAUCAAUGUAAAUUUAAAGCUGUCUUUUCUGCUAAAUAAUAAUUAAGGUGUAACUCAUCCAAGCUCAGGUUUCAAGUGAAGUAUUUAAUAAUUUGACAUUCUCUAAACCACAAAGGGUGGCCAAGCUUUUCUGAACUUCUGACGUUCUUGUGGGGUGAGAAUCAUACUCACCUCUGGAAUAUACCUUUUACUGUUCUCUUCGGCUGUCUUCUGCAGAGCCAUGUUUGGCUGGUGAUAAAGUGGCUCCGAACAAACAGGAAAUCAUUCUGUAAGCGAUUGGUUGCUUUAACAGAUCACCAUUUUCCCACCAAGAAAUCCUAGAGCAUCACGAUCUUCCUUAGGAACCUUAAACUGGAAAAACAUGCAUUCAAUAUUAAUAGCAGAAUGGUUGGAUUCUGCCUAUUACAGGUGGCCUUAUUUCAACACUCCUUAGCUCGAUGCUCAUAUCUUAAGCAGCCAAAGCACAACCUGUUCAACCAAAGUAUGUUAAUCUGCUCUUGUGUAGACUUUACUCCUGAAUAUUUCACAUUUACCUAUGCCAUGGUCACCUUUCUUGCAGAUGGAACGCAUCUGUUUAGUUGACGGUUUUGUUGGUGUGUAUGGGUUGAUCCCUCUUAGUCUCUUUUGUAUCACUGAGUCUAUUAGCAUAGCUGCCUCUAGCUCUUCUGUUUUGGUUGGGAGAUGAUCCCCGUUUGCGUAGAUCAGUUGGAUAAUGCUGCCCUCCCAUACGUAGAUCAUUUGCCGCCUUAGCUUUUGCCUUACAAACUGUUUUGCCCUUACUAGGGAUCUCCACUUACCAUGCAACAAAAGCUUUCUCACAAUAUUCUUGAUAUUUUUUUUCUGAGUACUCCAUAACAACAUACUUCUGGUUGCAGAUUUUUCAUAUAUUUUGUAGAUCAUUUAUACAGCACCUGCACAAUGGAUAACAUUUUUAUUAUUUUUGUCAUUUUUCUAUUGACAACUCAAUAUUAGGAGCAAUAUUUGUGAUGGUAAGUUAAGUAAACUGCCUGUCUUCCGAUCCCAAGUACAAGUUUAGUCCUUGCUAAGGUCAAAAUAUCUUGGUAUUACACUUUUGUACUGCAUUGAGAUAGUUUAUUGUACGACUGAUAACUUGUUUAAUUAUCCCAGCAUAAGAUAAUAUGUUUCAUUGCAUUGUUCACCACAUGUUUUUAAUCAAUUUUGAAAUUAUGUAUUUUCAUACGUAAAUGAUACUAAUAGAAAAAUAUCUAUAUAUUAUAUAACUAUAUGAAAGUUUAUUAGGAUUUUCAAAAUGUUUUUUAAAAUUCUUUAUCAAAAAGAACGAAUGUAUUGUGGAUAGUGUUAUUGAUUUUGUACAAUAAAGUGUGGUUUCCAUAAAAUUGCUACACUUUUGCUGUAGUGUCUUCACUGCAAUCUUUGGACUGUGAAACUGUCGCUCCCCAAACCCAAAAUCGAUCGACCAAGGGCAUGUAGUUGCUUAUGGUGCAAUGAAGUUAGUCUCCGGUCUUAAAACCAAAUUAUCAUGGGCCUGGAUCCAAUAUAGUUCACAUUGGCUCUUAUCUGUUUGUCUUCCUCCAGCAAAAUGUGCAUUAUUUUGAUAUAAAAUUGCAGAUUUAUAAUAUUUUUAUGAGAUUGUUUACCAUCCUUUUUGAUAUAUUUUAUACAAAUUUUAUCAGAUAAAAUAUUAACACUAUUUUAAUAAUUAUUUGUUUAUAGAAUCUUUUGAAUGCUGCAGUUUGAUAUUUUGAAAAUAUUUCAACUGAUUAUUUACAUGUACAAUGUGGAAUACACUACUGUAUUUUAGUAUUUUAUCAGAUACUUAGAUGUUGUAUUAUAAUUUCAUGGCCUACACUAUACUCCAUUUCUAUACAGUAUUUAUAUAUCAUUGGUGAAGAUGUUUCUUUUACUAUACACCAAAUCUGUAUUAUGCAGUAGAUUAAGAAAAAAAAUUUCCUAAUAGAAAAUUCCAAGAGAGAAUACCAGUGUGGUCUCAUAGGUCAGUUGCUGCAGCAACGGAUGGUGUUGGGUUCGAAUCUUGAUGGGUACAAUCACAUUUUCAAUUAUCUAGCUUUGGCAUUUUUGACGCACAUUUUUUACUGUUAUAAGUCUAUGCACAAGUUAACCAGGAGAAAUAUUAAUUGUGUCAUGUCGCAAGAUUUAAAAUGACAAUAAACUACACAAUAGAAUAUAAAUCACCUAAUUCAUUUUGUUCUUUAUUUAAUGUUUACACAUUUAUUUGCUAUGGUGAA